AGGUGGAUUUCUUGUCACAGUGUUAUAAGAGCCGUGAAAGAUACUCGUGUUUGAAAAUGAAGAAACGCGCGUUUAUGUAUUUCUUCACGUUCGCAAUUUUUUUUAAAUUCACGUGCUGCUAUGACACGAAAAAGUACUCGUUGAUUAUGCCAAACGUCAGACCAAAUAUACCCCAGUUAUAUUUAUGCACUCCGAUUAAGGUAGACUCUGCAAGGAAUUAUUAUAUUGUUAGUUUUGAGCCAAAUUCAACGAUGGCAACAGCUCACCAUAUGCUUAUCUAUGGUUGCACAAAACCAGGAAGCUCAAGGGCAACUUGGAACUGCGGAGAAAUGACGAAAACUAAUAACGAAACAGAUACUGAACCUCCUUGUGCAGAAGAAUCUCGAGUCAUUUAUGCAUGGGCAAGAGAUGCUCCUAAAUUAGAUUUACCAGAAGGUGUGGGUUUUAAGGUAGGUGGCGAUUCUCCCAUACAGUAUCUUGUAUUGCAAGUACAUUAUGCAUACGUUGAAGACUUUAAGGAUGGCAGAACAGAUGACUCAGGUGUAUUUCUGCAUUAUACUUCGCAAAAAAUGGACAAACUGGCUGGAGUUAUCCUGUUAACAACAGACGGUUCCCUACCGGCUAAAAAAACGACACAUAUGGAAUCGGCUUGUACUAUGACAGAGAAUAAGACUAUUCAUCCAUUUGCAUAUAGAACGCAUACCCAUUCGCUCGGGAAAGUCGUGUCCGGCUACGUAGUGAAGCCGAAUAACAAUUGGAUCGAACUUGGUAAGAGAGAUCCAUUGACACCUCAGAUGUUUUAUCCCGUUACCCAUAAAGUUCCAAUCACGUAUGGUGAUAAGUUAGCUUCCCGUUGUACAAUGAAAAAUACGGGCGAUAGGACUGUAAAUGCAGGCAGCCGUUUUGACGAUGAAAUGUGUAACUUUUAUCUUAUGUAUUACGUCGAGGAAGGCACUCCGCUUGAACAGAAAUAUUGCAUUACCCCUGGGCCUCCUUCGUAUUACUGGAAGCAAGAGUUAAGUAAUAUUCCCGACAAAGAGGCAUCUACUUUAUAAUAUAUCUAAGAAUAUUAUAUCAUUUGGCACAAAAAA